AAGUAAUUAUACAAAAGCAUCGCACACCUUGCCCCAUUUCCAACGGAGAUUGUCUUUAUAAAGUUACGGCACAGUAGCCGAGCUUUAUAUGAAUAACAUCAAAAGUACAAAUUGCACCCGAGUUUUAAGCAGCGACGCUGUUUACCUGACGGACCUGCACAAAUGAGCCGCAUGCGUCUUCUCGUAAAGGGGAGAGGGGGGGGGGCAUCUGUGUGGCCUAGCGUCUGUGUAGUGAACAAAAAAGAUAACGAACGAUAGUACGGCGUAUAAAAAAGAAAGGACACGUGAUUUCACCGCGCGCACCCCCUUGCCAGUGAGUGGGGGACUUAACCCGCGCUUUCCGUCGUCGCUGGCGGCUGCGUCUGCUGCUGUCGUCUGCACUCAAUGCAACAGCGUGGCACUAGCGGCGGAAAAACACCGGGAUGUGCGCCGAGGUAGCCACCUCGGUUUGUAACACGCGGAUUGUGCGUUGCAGUGGUAGACAGUCUCAACAGUUCCAACUCCAAAAAAAAAAUAGGAAAAGUGGGAACACCACGCAUUGUGCGCAAGGCCGAAGGACAAGCCGAGCACGAGAAGAGUGCGUCGACUGCAGACACGCUACUGUAACUAACGACAAAUUGCCCGUGUGAGAGUGCAGAAUGCGGCCAGGGACUUUGCCUCCGAAGAACGUCAGUCUAAUCGCCUUCCUCCUAGCGGCAGAAGCCGGACGAUUCGUUGUGGGACAAGCAGCCGACUUCGUGUCUACCUCCGAAUUUUUGAAGAUCGACGAAAAAGCUUUCCACGAGUGCCCGGUCACCGAUCCGAAAAACACCGUUCUUGCUGUGUCCUACACAUCGGGAACCACUGCCUUCCCCAAGGGCGCCGAGGUGACUCACUUCGGUUACGUGGGGUGCUUCUACACAUCCAGGAUGCACAUGCCCUGGGGAGAACCAGACAUCCUGCUUGGCUUGAACCUGAUCACACACCAGGCAGGCAUGAUGUACGGCAUGAUAGGUGUCCUUGACGGCGCAAUGUAUGCACUUGUGCCAGAGUACAUGAGCACUCUGGAAAUCAUGGACGCUGUCGACAAACACCAGGUUGCUAUGCCUUCACAUUUUUGA